ACACUGCGGUAUCAGUAAAAGCCAAGACUAUAUGCAAACAUGUUUUUAUAACGCACAUCUUGAAAAUUGAACUCUUGACCCGCCCAAGCCACACGCACUCCCACAAAUAGAACUGGUAGUUAGGUGAGCACCAUGGCCAAGGCGAACGGCUGGAAUGGCUGCGAAAUGGGCGUGCAGGUAAACGGGAGCAGUUCUUCGAAGUACUCCCGCGGCACGGAGCUGCGACGCGUUGAGGACAAAGAUAUCUACCGGCUGGCCAAAAUUCUGGACGAGAACGCUUGCUGGCGCAAGCUUAUGUCGAUCAUACCCAAGAGUAUAGAUGUGCAGGCUUGCAGCGCCGCCGGAUGUCUGAACUUUCCGGUGGCCAUCAAAAAAGGAUUUAAGUAUACUGCGCAGGACGUGUUCCAGAUUGACGAGGCCGCGAACCGACUGUCGCCGGACCAGAGCAAGUCCCAGAUGAUGAUCGACGAGUGGAAGACCUCGGGCAAGCUCAACGAACGUCCCACAGUAGGGGUGCUGCUCCAACUGCUGGUGCAGGCUGAGCUCUUCAGUGCUGCGGACUUUGUGGCAGAGGACUUCCUAAAUGAAUCCAAACCUGCGCGCCCGGUGGACGGUCCCGGAGCUAUCAUUAGCCUGGAGCUGUUGGAUGAGGACAUGGAUGUGGACAACGACGGCCUGAGUCCCAGCUUCCAACCAAGUACUACAGCUCUUGAGGCGGUUGCUCAGGGCAGUGUUGGCCUAAACCUGGACAUUUUUGAUAAGAACAUGGUGGCUCGGGACAAGAGUGUGCCGCAGCCAUUUGGGGAUACCCCUCCUGUAGCUCCGCCUCGACGCCCUCCAAGAGCCGCUGCAAUCCCUGGCUCCGCUGCCCCAACCAGCACUGGAUCCUCGACGUUGACCACUCCGAACUUACCCAAUCUGACAAUUCUCAAUCCCAGCGAACAAAUACAGGAACCGGUGCUGCAGCCGCGCCCGCAAAACAUCCCCAAUCUGUCCAUACUCAUGGCUAGCUCUAAUGACUCAACCACAACAUUUUUGGAUAACCCACGGAACCCAGCUAGCUCCACUUUACCGCCAAACAUACCACGAAUCACCCUUUUAAUUGACAAUUCAGCAGAAAUAAGUCCUCGCACAACUCAUGGUCCAGAGAAAGCUGCUAAAUCUACAACGCCGCCAGCGAACUUAAACAAUUUACCAAUGAUAAGCGCUUUGAAUAUAACAAAUGACAAUGGGGAGACCUCGUGCCCAGACAGCAGCAGCACCACCAGCAGUUUAAGCAACGAUGAUGAUGGAGAAGGGGAUGGAGAGUACGCGGAUGCCUCUUUGCCCAACCUAAGCAACUCAGAGCAGCAUAACUCCAACAAUGACUCCAGCCUGACAACGGUCACUGGCACCAGCGGUGAUAACAGCUUCGAGCUGACCAACGACUCCAGCUCGACUUCAAAUGACGACUACGCUUGCAAUAUUCCAAACCUAAGUGAACUGCAACAGUAGAUAAAAUCUACGUCCGUCACGAAGUAUAAUUUCCAUGACCGAGACAUUCCCUUUGCCACCUAAGCUUAAGUUAUGUUUGUCUAAUCCACAUACAUGUAUUUUUUUAUUUGUCGAUUUCGGCAUUAGAUGUGGACCUAAUUAAAUGAUGCCUAAUGUGUAAGGGCCUACUAGAAUCUAAGAUUCAGGGCAAGCUUUCGAAUUACUGUUGUUUCGUUGUCCAUAUCACGAGUACACAGUGCAUGACAUGUAUCCGUUUCGAGAAAGCCAUAAAAAUGUAACCAAAUAACAAAUUCUACAACAUUUUGUAUAACUUACAAAAUACUCUUUAAUUUUAUAGUAUAUACAUACUUAAACAAUAAAUAGUUUUCAUGGACUGCGUUA